AUGCCCGAAAUUUACAUAAUUAAAAACAAAAUUAAAAAUAUUUAAAAUGAAAAUAUGAAAUUAACGACUUUUUUAAAUAAAGAAUAAAAAGAAAUUGUCAACCUAUAAUAUUCUAUAUAAGAAUUGAAAAAUAUAAAUAUGAGAUCCAAUUAAAAAACUAUGUAAAAUUCUAAAAAAAGAACAACAGCACCUAUUAUUUUAAGUGCAGAAGCUUAAAAAGCUAAAGAACUUAUUACUUCUAUAUGUUAAUGUGGUGAGCCUAAGCCUAAAUACAAAGGUUUCUGUUUAAAUUGUAUAGAAAAUAUGAAAAAAGAGUAUAAACAAAAAUAUGAAAAUUAUUUGGUUUUUGCUGAUAAAUAUGAAUAAGAAUCAAUAAAAAAUUUCUAUUUAGAUACUAAGAUUAUAAAAAUUAAAAAUAAAAUAAAAUAAUUACAAUAAAAAACAAAUGGAUUUGAAAACGAAAUGGCAAAUGAAGAAUAAGAUGAAGAAAAAACUCUACUUGAAGCAAUCAAUUAUAUGAAAUAAUAAAUGAAAAUAGUUUAAGCUGAAAUGAAAAUGAAUCUUAAUGAAUAUAAUAAAAUUAUAAAUGAAAAAUAUUAAUUAUAAGAAAGUUUAGAGUUUAAAGUUUAAAAGAAAUCAAAUAAGAAUUAAUAUCUAAGUGAAAAAAUAAACCAAUAUUUAAUAACCCCAUUAUAAGUUAUACUCUGA